AGGGGCACCUAAGUCGUCUGGUAAUGGAAGGAUAUAAGGAUCGGGCCCAAGGGAUCAUGAAGCGACAGUUGAACUCCAGACGUCAUUUGUGGUGCAUCACUGAAGAGCUGUCGGGUCGAGGAAGAAGAGGCACAUCUCUGGAAGAAGUAUGGCUCCAGUGGUGUUGGAUCUCAAAGAAUUCGCACAGCCUCCCUUCAAGAUCCCGAAGUUGAAACGGAAGACCGCAAAGUGCGAGUGGACGGAGGACGAUUUUCGGCCAGACUUCUCGUAUUUUCUGACGCCGGAAGAGCUGCAAGACGAGGAGCUGAGGCGAUCUCCCGAUCUGCUGCAGCUCUACGACCCCCCGAAGCCGUCGCUGACCGCCCCGAGGGAGACGGUGCCGCUGAAAACGCUGCGCGUUAAGCUCGUGAAGCUGGAGAGCAGACCUGACUUCAAGAAGCCGACGCUCGCUAAAGGUGGAAACCUUACUGGAUCAGAAAAGGCGAAGUGGAGGGCACCUGCCGCCAAGCAGGCCGUGGUCCCGAAGCUCCCAGAGAAGCGGCUGACAGACCCCAAGAAGGUGGCCGCGCUGCGACGGACUCUGCUGCUGCCCAAGACCAAGCAGAGGACGGUGCGGUGCCUGCCCCGGUUCCCGUACUGGCGGCACGCACUGGUCCGAGAUCCCGUGAUCGUCUGGCCUCGACUGAUUCGCCGGCAGGCCGCGACUGCUGUGCCAAGAGCCCGUCCAGACGUGUUGACAGGGUUUUCCCUGCUUGUAAAUAGUGUAUGAAUUGUAAUAAACAUGUUGUGUAUAAAAA